UUAUGUGACGUAACAGAUAAAAACUAAUUCAGCGUAAUAAAUACUUGCAAUAAUGACAAAGCCAAAAAAUUUGCAGGAUAGGGGCUUAUUAGUAGAAUAAUUUAAAUUUAAUACAUUUUACAGUGGCGUCACACAGCGGAGUGACCGCAAGCCCGCAAGCAUCUGGACCACUGUGAUCUGGACGAUCGUGAAUCGACCGAAGUGAUCGAGCUCGUUUGCGCCCUUACAUUUUGUUCAGUGUCCUGUGUCAUCUCUUCGACACACCAUGGCGAGUCCUUUUCGAUUACAGAAUCUACCAAACACUUUGGUAAGAAGGCCGUGAGUGAUUCCCAUUCAAACCUUCCAUCGGAUCUACGAAGACUGUGAGGUCGUCGACGAGUCGCCAAGUUCGACGGCGUGUCCGAUCACCGAGACGUCAUCGGCGACGUCGUGAGUGCGUGCCACGUCGUGCCAGCCGGUGCCCCGCGAGUCUAUUAUUGCCGAGUCGUUCGCUCCACGUCUCCACUGCUCGGGCCCGGUGCGCGUCGACGUGCGUGCGUGCGUGCGUGCGGUGGUGUUCCGCCAUGUGGGCCACUUGAUGGCUGAGAGCGCGCUGAUGUGGUUGUUCGUCCAGUUCGAAGGCAUGGUGUCCUUCUGCAGCCAGCACUGGAUCAUGUCGAGCGUGCUGCAGGACCCUCGCUCCACCAAGUAUGUGGCCAGUUUCAGCGCCGCCUUCUUGCUCGUCGGCGUGCUCGUGCUCCUGGUCAAUGUGGCCCUGGUGUGGACGCCAUCGCUGUGGCACCUCAAGCAGCGGGGCACCUCCGCCAGCCCGCAGCAGUUGGUGCCUACGCACCUCGAGCUCACCCCGUACCUGGGUAGGACACAACUGGCCGCGGGUGCCCGCCGCCUGCCAAACUUCCUGCCAGACAGCGGGGACCUCGAGGUGACCGAGGAAGGCGUCGCGGACGUCUUCGUACAUCUGCCCAAGCGCCGGAAGGUGCCCGACAACGACGUCAACGAGGCCGAGGCCCUGACGUCGCUGCGGGCUGCCCGCCACAUGACCCAGCUGGGCAAGCUGGAGAAGGCGCUGAAGCUGUUCCAGCACGCCCUCAUGCUGGACCCCAGCCACGCCGACAUCCUCACCGAGUACGGGGAGUUCCUCGAGAACCACCAGCAGGACUUCAUCAAGGCCGACCACAUGUACACCAGGGCCUUGGUCUCGAGGCCAGACCACUCACAGGCCUUGGUGAACCGUCAGCGCACCCUGCCCGUGGUGGAGAAGCUGGACGAGAAACAGCUGACGCGCAUCGACAAGAAGCGGCUGUUCCUGGUGCAGAUCCCCGAGGGGGACCCCUCGCUGAAGCGCAUGAAGAAGGAGGCCUACUUCCAGCACAUCCACCACACCGUGGCCAUCGAGGGCAACACCAUGAGCCUCGCCGAGACGCGCACGGUCGUCGAGACCCGCACGGCCGUGCCCGGAAAGAGCAUUCUGGAGCACAACGAGAUCCUGGGCCUGGACCUGGCCCUGCGCUUCGUCAACAACAGCCUGGUCAACAAGGCCCUGCUCAGCGUGGCCGACGUGCUGGCCAUGCACCGGCGCAUCCUGGGGCACGUCAACCCUGUCGAGGCCGGCACCUUCAGACGCUCCCAGGUAUUUGUCGGGGAGCACACACCUCCGCCGGCCUCCCUGGUGCCGGACCUGAUGGAGGACCUGGUGGACUGGCUCAACUCAGAAGAGGCGCUGCGGCUGCACCCGGUCAAGUACGCCGCCCUGGCCCACUACAAGCUGGUGUUUGUGCACCCAUUUGUGGACGGCAACGGCCGCACGGCCCGGCUGCUGAUGAACCUGCUGCUCAUGCGGGUGGGCUACCCGCCGGUCAUCGUGCGCAAGCAGGACCGGGCCCUCUACUACGAGUACCUCCAGCUGGGCAACGAGGGGGACGUGCGUCCCUUCGUGCGCUUCAUCGCAGAAUGCACAGAGCGCACCCUGGACGUCUACCUGUACGCCACCGAAUACGCCAAGCACCAGAGGGCGCUGACCAGCCAGGACAGCUCAGACCUCACGUCCUCCCCCUCCUUCGUCGGCGUCUGACCCCGCCCCCGGUGCUAAAAUGCCUGCAAUAGGUCUGACUGGUGUGCUUACCACAUCCUAAAGAGUGGUGUGCUUACCACAUUCUAAAGAGUGGCAUGCUUACCACAUCCUAAAGAGUGGUGUGCUUACCAGAUUCUAAAGAGUGGUCCCUCGAUUUACACUCGAUGGCAUCAUAGAAGUGUCACAUCGUCGCCGGCCACAGUCCUGGCGCCGUCGCAGCAGGGGCGGUAGAUGUAGCAAACGCCCAUUCCACUGCCGGUUGCUUUGCAGCUUGACAGUUUACGGAACCUCGGGCAGCCGGGAGUUUAGACGCCGCGACAGUGACACUAGCGACACUCGCGUUUGCUCGAACUUUGUGCCAGGACUUCUACGUCCAACGGCCGGGAUUUCAGACGCGACGUGCUGGGUUUUGCGACGCCGUUCGUUGCCACUUCAAAACCUCUUUCGACGCGUGGGCGGUAUGGGAUGCCAAACAGGCCAGUCGGGGAGGCGUCCCACGCACAAUAAUCUAAGUCACUGCGCCCGUGUGCAUUAUUUAUUGUUUUGACGCGAGGCAGAAACGGUCCUCGGGUCGACCGCGCGGCUCGUUGUUUUCCUAUUUCCUUUCCGCGUGUACCCACGCUUUUUGGGACUCUGUUUGCAUGCGGCUGAUUUUAAUGGCUCGAGAAAGCACUGUAUAGGGAAUGUUGUUGAGUAGUUUGGUCCACAAUAAAGGAUGUUACACAUUA